ACGAGUUCAAGGAAUGGCGAGCUUGAUGGGAGAAACUUUUUUUGAGAUCAGUGGACAGGGUCCUGCACCUUUAAAGGACUACUUUCACUUUGAAAUUUCACAAUCUGAGGUAAUUUGGAGAUGGUGGAAGAUUUCUCUGAGAUUAAACUCCAGGAAUACAAAACCAGGAGAACUGAGACAAUCACACGAAGACUACCUAGAAGACAACCGUCUGCAAAGUCAGGUGGCCAUGGUGUUUGGUCCUCACAUCUUACAGUACUCCAAACAAUUAUGCCAGGGACAAUACGAUUACAUUGUACGUCUCCCCAACUCUUUACUAUUCAACAUCAUGACACGUUUGAACCUUGAAGAUCUUGAAGGCCUUUCACGCACCUGCCAUAGGUUUAGAGAGCUUUGCAAUUCAGAGGAGUUUUGGGAGCAGACAGUGAGAAAUCAAUGGGGUGCUCUCACUCCCUCCGUGGAAGAUUUGGCUAAGGAUGUUGGCUGGAGGACAGUUUUCUUUACCAACAAGCUGCAUCUGCAGAUGCAAAUUAGCCGGCGGAAGCAAAAGGAGAAUCAGCCCAGUGAGGAUGAGGAAAAACAGACUUGCCCUUCACUACCUUUGGAGGAAGGUUUGGGCUGAAGACCUUGUUAAGAGCUUUUAUUCGGUCUGAGUCAAAUAAAAGUCGAAUUUCAUUUCAACAUAAAAUACCACUUAGCACCAUGUACAGUUGUUGUACAUAUAGCUAUUCAGACUGUUUAAAUUUGGUUAAAUCUAAAAAGGUUUUAACAAUAUUACUAAUUUGGAGGCGAAAUAUUGCUACUUUCCUAUACAUUUCACCCUGGCAUUCUGUAAAGUUUGACAUAAUGUCUCUCAGCAUUCAGAAUGUGAAAAGGCAAAUUUUUUUACAUUUUUCACACUGUUGUUGUAUGGAGAAGCCAAUUUCUGUUAAUUGCAACCUAUAAUUAGGUUUGUGAUUUAAAGGUUAUGUUUUCUCCAUUUUGUUCUUUUCAGUCAA